CAGGACAUACAGCACAUGCAAGUCUGUAUCGUACAGACAACCUGCAAAAGCUGUAUGGAAGCAAGUAAUCGAUGCGGCUGGUGUAGCGAUUGGGUGGUUAACAAUUUUGAAACUUCACACAUAUAUUCAAGAAGCAUCGCAUAAUAAAUAGCUGAAGUUUCAACAAUUUCCUAAGAAAAUGGAUUGUUUACCCAUUACCAAUUAACGAAUCGCAUAGACAAACUGGCGAUUCUAAAAAAUCCAAACCUGUAAAGUGUCCUAGCGUACCGAAGUCGUAUUCAAAAGAAGUAGCUUCAGCUGGUCAGCGUAGAGAAGAAACAGAUAGAGACAGGGCAAAUAUAACGCAUGGAGGAAUAUUCGAAUUUUACAAUUGGCAAACCCAGAUGCAAUAUUCCAGAACGACUAAUUGCAUUCGGAUGCCCUUCGUUUGCGAUAAAGGAAGCUACCACAGGGUCUGUUCAAUUAUUGCAAGAUGAGAAUUUCCAGGAUGUCAUCAUUGAUCAAAUCCCCGUUCAAUUGAAACCACAGAAAAUUCGGAUAAAGCUUAGACCUUUGUCGGAAGAGAUACUUCGCAUUCAGUAUAGGCCAGCCAAGAAUUAUCCAUUGGACUUAUAUUACUUGAUGGAUCUCACGUGGUCCAUGCAGGACGAUAAGGAGACUUUAGUAGGACUUGGAUGGAAAAUGGCAAAUACUCUUGGCACCUUCACAAAUAACUUUAGACUGGGUUUUGGAAGCUAUGCUGAUAAACCUUUAAUGCCGUACAUAUUUCCUGGUUAUGAAGAUAACCCUUGUCAAGCGGAGCAUGCUACAUGUGCUCCAUUAUAUUCAUUCAGACAUCAUAUGACCUUGAGCGGUGAUGUGCAGGAAUUUAUAAAGAAGGUGAAUGCCAGUGACGUCACAGGAAACGUUGAUAACUUGGAAGGUGGUUUGGACGGUGUAGUUCAAGCAGUGGUCUGUGGGGAACAAGUUGGUUGGGGUCAUCAGGCAAGGAAAUUGAUGCUCGUAGCGACUGAUGGUUCGCUUCACUUUGCUGGUGAUGGCAAGUUGGGCGGAGUGGUUCAUCGUCAAGAUUUUAUGUGUUACCUGAAUUCUGACGGAGAAUAUUCAAUGGCGACGGAAUUCGAUUAUCCAUCACUUGCUGAAAUAUCACGACUUCUUCAGUCCCAUAAAGUUAACCUGAUUUUUGCCAUUGGUGAGGAUCAUCGAGAAGAAUACGAGAAUAUUGCUGAACUUUUAAAGGAAAAAGCACACGUCGCUACUUUAACAGGAAAUAGUUCUAAUAUUUUGGAAAUCGUAGAACAAGCAUAUCAUGAAAUUGUCAGUAAGGUGAUUCUUCGAGAUAAUUCUACAGGGUCGUUUAAUGUAGAGUACUUCUCAAAUUGUGGAGUUCAGGAUGGUCCACAAAUGCCGACCUCAGAGUGUAACGGAUUGCUUGAAGGUCAUGUAUACAAUUUUGAUGUAAAAUUUUCUCUUAAAGAAUGUCCAGCGAAUGAGAGCCUAUGGGUAAGAAUAUACAAUGUAUCAGAAGUACGUCAAAUCUUUUAUAAUGCACACAUUUAAAUCUUUCAUAUGGGACUUUUUUCUCCAAUUUGCUUCUCCCACCAAUUGGUGCAUGCGCAAUACAGAACAUUAAUUUAUGCAUGAAAUUUCAAGUUUGAUAUACCUACGUAUGCGUACGCAGUUAAAUCAAAGUACCUGCCACUGUUAGUUGUAUUCAGUGUAUUUCCACAUCCUUCCUAGGAUAAUAAUAGGAUCAAGAGACUCGGUCGAGUUUCGCGUCAAGUACAUACAGGCAACCCGUCGUACAGGCCACAGCCCGCCGAGACAGUUUACUCCAAGCAUCCAAAGACUCGGUCGAGUCUCGCGCCAAGUACAGGCAACCGGCUGUACAGUGCGCAGCACGCCGAGACUCUUUACUCGAGUCAACUCCUUAUA